ACCAAGCUGUACCUCCUUAUUCAAAGGGAUUUAGAUCUCCGAGAUCGAGAAAAGAAGAACAGGAAAGCCAUUUCAAACCAGGUCGAACUUCCACAGGAAGUUUCAUGUAGAGGUUUGGCCAGUAAUGAGCUGUUUGUAUUCUGAUUCCAGAAUAAAUGUUUACUGUCAAUGAAAGCUUGGAAAGAAGUGCAUAGAAUAGGUGAUGGGUACCGGAAACCAAUAAGGUAAUGGGGUUUGAGCGCUUCCAUCAGAGCGCCCAUGUGCUUGCUUCUGGGUGCAAGAGUACUUAGAAGCUGUUCCCAGCUCUCUCAGCCUCUCCAAGAUCGAGCUACGAGAUGUAUCCCUCGCUCUCCCCUCAUCUCCAUGACAAAUAUGGCAUGACGAUCCCCGUGCCGGUGCCACCGGAAACCCACAGCUCCCCUUACACCCCUGCAGCCAUGCCCAGCCGAGCCCGCGGCAGCAUCACUCCAUGGUCGACCGGUCUCUGCCACUGCAUGGAUGAUCCAGGCAACUGUCUGGUCACAUGCUUAUGCCCUUGCAUCACUUUCGGACAGAUAGCUGAUAUUGUUGAUGAAGGCACUUGCUCUUGUGUAGCUAGUGGGACAGUGUACGGGCUGCUCUGCCUCACCGGCAUGGCAUGCUUGUACUCCUGCUUCUACCGUUCCAGAAUGAGAGGACAACACGACCUGGAGGAGGGUCCUGUUCCCGACUGCCUCAUCCAUUGCUGCUGUGAGCCCUGUGCUCUGUGCCAGGAGUACCGCGAGCUCAGGAACAAGGGCUUCGACAUGGGUAUCGGAUGGAGAGCGAACAUGGAGAGGCAGAGGCGUGGAGUCAUGCUUGCUCCUGCCAUGGGAGCUCCUGCAAUUGGUGGCAUGAGAAGAUGAAUGCAAACUUCGUCAACGUUUUGAGUUUAUUGCUAUGUAUCUCUUUUUCUUAUGAUAUGUAUGAGGUUUACGAAGCAAUAAGUACGCUGAACAUUGGCGAAUAUGGUGA